AACAACCGUUUUGGCUUCUGGCCACUUCUUUGCACCGAAAACCAGCCAUCUGCGAAGCGCCCGUGGAUGAGAUAGUUGGCCCGACCGCUCGCCCACGAUGGAUGCCGCCGCCAUUCGAGAUUGCAUUGCUGCGACGCUCGACAGCAAUGCCGACGUCCGCAGGCAGGCUGAGCUUCAGCUGAAGCAGGCCGAGGGCCAGCCUGGUUUCACAGAUGUCCUGCUGGACCUCGUCCAGUCCGAGCAGGAUGCCAAGCUUCAACUCCCGACUGUUAUCUACCUCAAGAACCGCGUCAACCGUGCGUGGGAGCGUUCCGACUACUAUCCUCAUGACAUCCUGAUACCCGAGGACGAGAAAGCACGCUUCCGCGAACGAUUACUGCCCAUCCUGGCGGGCUCCCAGAAUCUAGUGCGCCAUCAGCUCGUGCCGAUCCUGCAGCGUAUCCUGCACUUCGACUUUCCCGAGAAAUGGCCGACGUUUAUGGACUACGCCCUCCAGCUUCUCAACACCAACGAUGCGCGUUCGGUCCUGGCCGGCCUGCAGUGUCUCUUGGCCGUCUGCCGAGCCUACCGCUUCAAGGCGAGCGACAGCGACAGCCGCGCCCACUUCGACAAGAUCAUCGAGGCCACCUUCCCCAGGUUGCUGAUAAUAUGCAACGAGCUGGUGAACCAGGAGAGCGAUGAGGCUGGUGAAAUGCUGCACAUCGCCCUCAAGUGCUACAAGCAUGCCACAUGGCUCGAGCUUUGCGAGUUCCUCCGGCAGAGCGCCGUCAACCUUGGCUGGUGCGCCGUCUUCCUCCAAACCGUGUCCAAACCCAUCCCUGCCUCCGCCAUGCAGGGCGAUCCUCUGGAGCGGGAGCGCCACCACUGGUGGAAGGCGAAGAAGUGGGCAUACUUCAACUUGAACCGUCUAUAUAUCAGGCAUGGUAAUAUGCAGGCGGCUCUGGACAGGUCGGUUGAGCCCCCGACGCGGUUUGUCAAGGAGUUUUCGGCCCAGGUGGCACCCGAAAUCCUCAAGCACUACCUGCAGGAGAUCGAGAAGUGGGUUUCCAAGACCAUUUGGCUCAGCAGACCCUGCCUCUCCUACACCAUUGUGUUCUUGGACGAGUGCAUUCGCCCCAAGGAUAUGUGGGCGCAUCUCAAACCGCACUUGAAUAACCUGGUCACGCAUUUCAUCUUCCCCGUCCUCUGCCUGACCGAGGAGGACAUCGAAAAGUUUGAGGACGAGCCUGAGGAGUACCUUCACCGGAAGCUGAACUUCUUCGAGGAGGUUUCUGCGCCGGACGUGUCUGCCACCAACUUCUUGGUCACCCUGACCAAGGCGCGCAGGAAACAGACCUUCGAGCUUCUCAGCUUCAUCAAUGUGGUGGUCAACGAGUACGAGCAGGCCCCCGAAGGAAGCAAGAACCACAUUGCGAAGGAGGGCGCGCUGCGCAUGAUCGGCACCCUUGCGCCGGUCAUCCUCGGCAAGAAGUCGCCGAUCGCCUCUCAGGUGGAAUACUUCAUCGUCCGCUACGUGUUUCCGGACUUCACCAGCGACCAAGGCUUCCUUCGCGCUCGUGCUUGCGACACCAUCGAAAAGUUCGAGCAGCUGGACUUCAAGGAUCAAAACAAUCUCCUUGCCAUUUACCGGCAUAUCCUCGACCGCAUGGCCGACCCAAAACUGCCCGUCCGCGUCACUGCAGCGCUGGCCCUGCAGCCACUGAUCAGACACGACAUCAUCCGGACAAGCAUGAAGACGAGCAUCCCGACAAUUAUGCAGCAGCUCUUGAAGUUGGCCAACGAGGCCGAUAUCGACGCCCUCGCCAACGUCAUGGAGGACUUCGUCGAGGUCUUUGCUGCUGAGCUCACUCCCUUCGCGGUGGCUCUGAGUGAGCAGCUCCGCGAUACGUACCUGCGCAUCGUCAGAGAGCUGUUGGAGAAUAGCGACAGGCGGGACGAUAUGGACAACGAGUACGGCGAUUUCCUCGAUGACAAGAGCAUCACGGCGCUGGGUGUCUUGCAGACCAUCGGCACUCUCAUUCUGACGUUGGAGAGCACGCCGGACAUCCUUCUCCAUAUUGAGAGUGUUUUGAUGCCCGUGAUCCAGAUUACUCUCGAAAACAAGCUCUACGACCUGUACAACGAGGUGUUCGAGAUCAUUGACAGCUGCACCUUCGCUGCCAAGCAGAUCUCUCCUACCAUGUGGAGGGCUUUUGAACUCGUUCAUGCGACCUUCAAAUCCGGCGCCGAACUCUAUCUCGAGGAUAUGCUGCCGGCUCUGGACAAUUUCGUGCAGUACGGCGCACCGCAACUCCUCGAAAAACCGGAGUAUGUGGAAGCACUAUUCUCGAUGGUCUCCGAUAUGUUCACCGACGGCAAGGUCGGGGGCGUCGAUCGGAUCUGCGCCUGCAAGCUUGCCGAAGCCAUGAUGCUCAGCCUCCGUGGCCAUAUCAACAAUUGUGUCCAUGGGUUUAUCAACAUGGCAAUGGGCGUGCUUGCCCGUGAGGAUGUCAAGUUGAAGUCGUACAAGGUUCACCUGAUGGAGAUGGUUAUCAACGCCAUCUACUAUGACCCUCUCCUGUCGCUCCAAAUCCUCGAAGCCCAAGGCUGGACGAACAAAUUCUUCAGUCUUUGGUUCGGUAGCAUGGCGUCCUUCACCCGAGUUCACGAUAAGCAGCUGUGCAUCUUGGCCAUCAUUGCGCUGCUGAACAUCAAGCCUGAUCAGGUGCCGGCCAGCGUCAUGGUUGGUUGGCCAAGGCUCCUCCAGGGCAUCAAGAUUCUCUUCGACACCCUUCCGGCGGCGAUGCAAAACCGCGAGGCAGCUUUGAAGGACGAUUUCCAGUUUGACAGCGGUAAUUAUGGGUACGAUGAAAGCGACGAUGAGUGGAACGAUGAAGAAGCGAACUGGAACGGAACGGAGAACGAAGAAGAGCCGGCUGGCGAGACCAAAGAUGAGAGCACGGCUUACCUAGAGUUCUUGAAUGAGGAGGCGCAAAAGCUCAAGGCGGCCGACAUUGAAGAGUCGGAAGACGAGCUCGGCGAGGACAGCGUGUUGCUGGAGUCACCGCUUGACCGGAUCGACCCCUAUCUCGCCUUCAGGGAUUCGUUCAAGAAGCUGCAAGAGGAGCAACCUCAAUUCUGCGCGACGCUCCUGAGCCACCUGUCCGCCGACGAUCAGACGGCGCUUCAAGAGGUGUGCCGCCGGGCGGACACGCAAGAGAUGAUGGCCCGGGCCCACGUGCCCACUGCGAACGGCGCAAGUUAGGGGCUUGUAAGUGGCGUUAUAACAAUCACACCGCAGUGCCCACCAACCAGCGGCCCGGAGCCCGGGCCAGGACGGUUCUCCGCGCCGACACCCGGCUGAUCCCGACACCCU